GCUGCUCAAGUGCCGAAUACAAUUUUCGACAAGUUAGAUCGUAGCAUGCGCUUGGAGCCGCAAAGCUUAACUUUGACUCCUUCAUUCUCUCCCUGCUUCUUUCUCUCCCUGAAAAUUUCACCAAAGAAAUCAUGCGUCUCCAUCGCUUAAGCCACUUCACCGGAUCCCGGAAUCUACGUCUGCGUUUACGGGGGUACUCUACGAGCUUGCCUGGGGCCGCCGACCCCUCAAAGUCAAAGUUGCCUUUGAAAGGAUUGAGAGUAUUGGAUUUGACGAGAGUUCUCGCUGGGGUAAAGCUUCUUUUUUUCUUUUUUUGCCACUGACUGGUUUGAAGAUGGGGUGCAAUUGGGUUGACCGUCGAGUAGCCGUACUGUACGCAGAUAUUGGGGGAUCUUGGGUUUGUUCUUCUUCCUCUUUUUUUUUUUGGCGGGGGAGGGGGGUUGGUAAUUGCUGCGAGGUAGGGCGGAAGUUAUUAAGAUCGAGCACCCAACGCGUGGGGAUGAUACUAGGGCAUGGGGACCACCUUAUGCCCCUUCGAAGGAUGGAGGAAAGGGUGAGAGUGCUUAUUUUCUGGCUGUGAGAGAUUCUUUUACGUUUACAGAAUUCGGGUGGUCAAUUGAUGGUUAAUUAUCUCUCCGCUUAGGUUAACCGGAACAAAAAGUCCCUGGGACUUUCCUUCAAGCACCCAUCCGGUCAACGCAUCCUCCAGCAACUGGCCAAGGCCUCCGACAUCCUAGUGGAGAACUACCUGCCCGGGACCCUCAAAAACUACUCUCUGGACUACCCUACCCUGCACGGAAUGGCCCCGCACCUGAUCUACGCGAGCAUAACAGGCUACGGCCAGACGGGGCCGUACAAGGACCGCGCGGGCUACGACGUGAUGGUGGAAGCGGAAAUGGGGCUCAUGCACAUCACCGGGGAGCCAGAAAGGCCGCCGGUAAAGGUCGGCGUUGCGGUCACGGACCUGACCACCGGGCUCUACUGCUCGAAUUCCAUCCUCGCGGCCGUGAUUGCCAGAGCUGGGAAUGGAGGAGUGGGGCAGUGGAUCGAUGUUGCGUUGAGUGAUUGUCAGGUCGCUACCCUAGCGAAUAUUGCUAGUUCCGCCUUGAUAUCCGGGAAGGGGGAUGGGGGCAGGUUUGGGACGGCGCAUCGUAAGUUCUACCAUGUUGCUUGAAACCCUCCUUGGAAGGGGGAAAUGCGGAGCGGGAGAAGAGGAAGGAGGAGGAGUGUUGAGGAAUGUGGGUGUUAGCUUCCAUCGUGCCCUACGAGUCUUUCCCUACCACCGAUGGGAAUAUUAUAUUGGGGGGUGGGAAUGACAGACUUUAUGCUAUACUCUGUCAGAGGAUUGGGAAACCGGAGUGGAUAACUGAUCCACGGUUCAUGACAAACGAGGAACGUGUCGAGAAUAGGAAGAUUCUGGUCCCUAUGGUAGCGGAAGUAACUAGGUCUAAGACUACCCAGGUAACUUUCCCCCUCCCUCACCCCUCCACUUUAUUCCUUACCACCACACACACUAUCUCCACCUCACGCUUGCCCCUAGUUACCACCUGUAAAGUAUCCUCUGUUGCUUUUCCCCCCCCUUUUUUUCUUUUUCUUCUUCUAAAGUAUGGGUGUGUGCGUGUAUUCUCUUGUUACCACAGGAAUGGUUGGAGAUAUUCGACUCCAGCGGAAUGCCGUACGCCGCUGUCAACGAUAUUCAAGCCACGUUAUCCCACUCCCACGUUCUCGCCAGAGACAUGGUCAAGACGGUGCACCACCCAACAUGCGGCGAUAUCAAACUCGUAAACACCCCGGUGAAGUAUUCCGAUUCCAGGCCAGGAAUCAGGACACCACCACCCACGCUGGGUCAGCACACGGAUGAGGUAUUGAUGGACUUUCUCGGAUAUAAUAGUGAUGAGGUGGAGGAGCUUAGGAGAGACCGGGUUGUGGCUUAGUAAAUGGUGGUUGGCCGGAUAGUUUACUCGACUUACGGCAUGUACAUCCUUUCUAACCAGUGCAUGUGUGUAUGAUGGCAUAACCUGGAUGGGGUGGGAGAUUUUUUGGGUGCGCACCGGAUCAUCCUAUCACGUUCUUGCAGAUGUGCAAAAACGGGUUUUCGAUUCCCU